AUGGCGCUGGCACCACCUCCAGCGUACCAGGAUGACCAGGCUGUUCCGCUUAAAGUACCUGAGGUACCCGAGGUGGUAGAGCAAGCUGUUUCGCCUUCUCUCACUUUAAUCAGUGAUCGAAGUAGCAGUUAUGGGGGGUCAUCACGGCACGGUUCCUUUUCGGUGCCCCGAAUCGAGGACUCUUUUGAAGAACUCGACAAGCUUGAAGAUGAGCUCGAGGCUAUCGAUGCUGUAACGCAGGCACGACGAAUUGCCCUGCCUGAAAAUGCUACCCCCAGCAGUAAACACCUAGAACCGCCCUCUUCAGCAAGAAGACCGGCUAUCUCUAAGAGGGCAUCAGUAAUCGGCAUGUCUUCGACAGUGCGCAUCAAGCCCACUGAAAAGGCACAGCCUCCCCUUCGUCGAUCAACAUCUCUUGUGUUUCGUGACAAGAAACAGGACGACUCGGACAAGACGCCUAAAACAAAGCCCUCAUUCGCACGCGGGAAGUUGGCCAAUUCCCCCCCAGUUUCAAAGACGCCUGUCAAGUCCGCAAAGCCGCCCACGGUUCCCAAGUUCGAGCUUCCUGGAGAGGCUGUGGCUCGCCGUCUGAGGGAACAGCGCGAAGCUCGCAAGGCCCAACAGGCAGAGGCUCAAAAAGCUUAUGCACCUCCACCGAGACCGAAGUCUAGUAAGCCGCUCACUAAGCCAGCAUUUGAGCUUCCGGGAGAAGCCAUUUCCCGUCGCAAGCGCGAAGAGCGUGAAGCCCGCUUAAAGGCACAAGAAGAAGAGGAACAGCGCAAGCGGGAGUUCAAGGCCAGACCUGUGCGGAAUAGUAUCAUGUCAACUAGCAUCCCACGAGAGACCAUUGCAAGUCUUGCUCGGCAAGGGAAGUUACCACAAGAGGAUACUACAAAGCAACCGACCAGUGUCAAGGCAAAGCGAAUGUCCAGUUUGGGUCCGCGACCAGCCCCUGAGAUCCAGAUUUCCCAGAGUCGAAGCCGGUUGUCUACCGCCACGUCACAUGAGAAUCUCAACAAGGGAACAUCUGCAUCCUCUGGGGGCAGCAUUGGAAAGCGAGCUACCCUUUCUGCCGAAGAGGCACACCAGCUCAAAAUGCGUGGCAAAGAGAUUUUCCAUCGAGACAACAAUGGUUAUGUGCAAGACAGGGAACGUGAGAGACGUGAGCGCGAGGCAGCGACACGGCUAGCCCGAGAACAGGCUGCGGAACGCUCUAGGAUUGCGAGUCGAGAAUGGGCAGAAAGGAAACGCCUUAAGGAGCUCGCACUGCUGCAGUCCAUCAGAGGACAGUGA